AUGGUAGCUCAUUACUGUAUUACUGAGAUGAUCUAUGUCAUAGACAGCGAAGACAAACAGUCAUUUGAGGAGACAGGACUGGAGCUGGAAUAUCUGAUUGAUGAGGAGAAUCUAAAGGGCAUGCCAGUGCUCAUCUUUGCCAAUAAACAGGACCUGGUCACUGCUUCGCCCACUGAAGGACUCAACCUGCACACGUAUCAGGAUCGCCAGUGGCAGAUCCAGGCCUGCUCAGCAGUGUCCUGGGAAGGAGUACAGUGCCUGUCAUAUGGUCUGGUACCAUCGCCACCUUCCAGGCCUCCAACGGUGACCCCCUCCUGCAGGAGACUUCCUCUGUCUUUGCCCACCACAGCCUUCACUUCCUAUGGACAGAUGGCUGCCAGGAUACCCCCAGGCUUGGAGGCCCAAAUGGCCUUGUUGUCAUACAGGCCCAUGAUGGCUAUGUCCUGCACAAACUAG